GUCUCUAGGGAAGUCCGGGGGGGCCCAUGUACGAAGGUAGAAGUUGGAGGCUGUGGGAUUUCCUUGUAGAUUGAGGUGGCCCUCGAGGGUCACUCAGGUCAAAGGCUGUCCACAUCACGUGGCCAGCGUCAGCUUCGCUCCAACCACAUCCUUAAUUUUAGUCGUGGCACGAUAGAGUGGAAGGACGCGGCCUGCUGGGCCCUGCUCAAUGCCCUCCGCCUGGGUUCCUCUCUUCAGUGAAUCCUAGUAGUAUUCGAGCGGACGACAUUCAAGUUCAAGGGCGGACAGCGGCUGUUCAGGGUGCAUUGGGACUCCGGACUCCUCGGUUUCCUAACCGAGAAGUGGGAGCUCUGCAAAUUGUGGGUCUUAGUCUCGAGGAACAGCUUUUGUCCCAUUUGUGAUCACCUUGACGGUGUGGGGUAGAAGGAUUCUUCCUGGCGUUCUGCACAGACUGAGAGCUCUGGCGGCAAUGGGUCCUCAACUAGCCCUCCUGGUGGGGGCGCUAGUCGGGUGCCUGCUUCCUGCCCGGGGCUGUAUAUUAUGUGAUCCUAAGGUCGAAUUGGCGCUGAACUCCUUGGAAAAGGAUUACCUGCCUACCCACAUUGGGCGAGGGCGUCAGCAAGAAGUGAUGAAAAAGAUAAGACAAACCCUGGAGAAUUUCAAAGAUCUGCCAGAUUUAAAGCCAACCUAUGAUAGGAUUGUCGAUGAUGUCACAAUGAGAAUGGCAUCCACGAGUUUUCUGAGGAGUCUGAAAAUGAUCACAAACCGUGGUUUAACAGGUGACACUUUCUUGAAGGAGUUCUCCAAGAUGUUGACUCGGGAAAAGGAAUCGUUUUGGCGCAAUGUAACUCGGUUCCUAAAACCUGGUUUUUGUCCGAACAAAUGUGGUAGGUUGUUGCAGCUUCUGAGGUAUUGCGAUAAUUGCACGAUGCACACCAAAAGUUGUCCAAAGUCCACAGAUUGCGGGGUGCGCCGAAUUAGCGUCUAUGAAAAGGAUGACAUGAACCUGGACUGUCAGCUCGACUGGCAUACAAUAGCUGAAGGCGUGACCAAUUACAGCUUUUACAGGGUUUGGGGGAGCAAUUCUGAGACCUUGAUGUACCAGGGAAAACGGCCAGCCCUGGCCAAGCCCCUGGUGCGGCGAGAGGACGCAGGUAACUACCGCUGCGAGCUGGGCACCGAAAGAUCGGGUCCAGUCUCGUUCAUCCGUUUUGAAGUCACAGUGUUGCCUCAAAGAAUCAUUGUCCAGCCAAUGUCCAAGUCUUCAACCUUUGUAACCCGGACAUCAACCACUGGAACAAAGUCAUUAAGCAUUGAAACCCAGUCCCCAACCAUUGGAAUGUCAUCACCGGCCAUUGUUACUGAGGCAGAGGAGGAAAUCGGGGAUGACCUGUCCCCAGCCCAAGAGCCCUCGGAGUGUCCAAAGCCAAAGAAUGUGCAGAGAAACCGUCUAAUAGGGCUGCUGAUCUGGUGCUUCUUCCUGCUGAUAUUGGGCUUUGUCACUGGCGUACUUUGCUUUCAGUCUGAGAAGGUGCUCGAAUUUUUAAACUCCUGGGGCCACACCGACAAGGCAGCUGCUCCACCAGAUGAGGUUUCAGAGAGUCGGCUAUCCCAGAGCCCGCUGCCACAGGGCAAGGUUUCCCAGAGCCAGCCUCCACGGAGCCCGCUGCCACAGGACAAGGCUUCCCAGAGCCAGCCUCCACGGAGCCCGCUGCCACAGGACAAGGUUUCCCAGAGCCAGCCUCCACGGAGCCCGCUGCCACAGGGCAAGGUUUCCCAGAGCCAGCCUCCACGGAGCCCGCUGCCACAGGGCAAGGUUUCCCAGAGCCAGCCUCCACAGAGCCAGGUUCCAAAAGUUUCAAAAGUUCCAAAGGAAAAGUCCACAAGACGAAAGCCCAAAUAAAGUUUUAUCUGGUUGUCAAUA